ACCACUUCCGUAUUUAUUAUGUGACCUAAAAGGCGGGUAAUCAGCAGCGUCUGUACAGAGCACUUUAGUUUUAUGUAGAGUCGAAUUUAGAGUCGAUUAAACAUAAAAUGGCGUGCAAAAGAGGAGCGCUCAUAGUCCUGGAAGGAGUAGACAAAGCGGGGAAAACUACGCAGUGCAAGAAACUCGUGCAGGCGCUGGAGCUGAGCGGACGACCGGCAGAGAUGAUGAGGUUUCCCGACAGGACCACCACCAUUGGACAGCUGAUCAGUGCCUACCUGGAGAAGAAAAGUGAUUUGGAGGACCACACUGUGCACCUGCUCUUCUCUGCCAACAGAUGGGAACUAGUGCCUUUAAUGAAGAAAAAGCUGGAGCAGGGCACCACUUUAGUCGUAGAUCGUUAUGCCUUCUCUGGAGCCGCCUUCACCAGUGCCAAACCUGGCUUCUGUCUGAACUGGUGUAAGAAUCCGGACGUGGGUCUGCCCAAACCAGACCUGGUCAUGUUCCUGCAGCUGAACCCAUCAGAGGCAGCGCAGAGGGGGCAGUUUGGGGAGGAGAGAUACGAAAACAGCACUUUCCAGAAAAGGGUCCAGCAAAGGUUUGAAGAACUGAUGAAGGAUACGACAGUCAACUGGAAGGUAAUUGACGCUUCUCAAAGCAUUGAGGAUGUCCACACGAACAUUCAGGACCACAGCUUAAAUGCAAUCAACAAAGCACAGGACAUGCCUCUUGGAGUGCUGUGGCAGUGAGCUCGUCUCAGUUUCAAAACAUUGGGACCUUGACAAUUCAACUGUUUUGUAACAAUAUUCAAUUUGAAAGAUUGUAUUUUUUGUAAUGUAAUAAGUAUUAGUAAAAGUUUUACCAGGAA